AUGGAGAUUUCUUCUCACCAGUUUCACCUCCUGGAGCAACUGAAUGAGCAGCGCAGGCAGGACUUGUUCUGUGACUGCAAUAUCCUGGUGGAGGGCAAGGUCUUCAAGGCCCAUCGCAAUGUGCUGUUUGCCAGCAGCGGGUACUUCAAAAUGCUCCUCUCACAGAGCUCGAAGGAGACCACUCAGCCAACAACAGCUACUUUCCAGGCAUUUUCUCCUGACACCUUUACAGUUAUUCUAGAUUUUGUGUAUUCAGGCAAACUGUCCCUCACUGGUCAGAAUGUGAUCGAGGUGAUGUCAGCUGCCAGCUACCUGCAGAUGACCGAUGUGAUCAGCGUGUGUAAAACCUUCAUCAAGUCAUCUCUGGACAUCAGUGAGAAGGAGAAGGAUCGGUACUUCAGCCUGUCAGACAAGGAUGUGAAUUCCAACGGCGUGGAGCGAUCCUGCCUGUACGGAGCUGGCUGGAGGGCAGAGACCAGCCCCCCCCAUUCACACCUAAGUCCAGACCAAGGGACAUGUAUGAUGGGUGGAAAUGCUUGGAGCAAUUUCAGCUACUAUCCGAGCUCUCAAAGAAAUGCCCAGCAGCAGCUGCCCAAACACGAGCAACGGCAGGAUUCCAUGAAGAAAUCCAGGCACCUGGGACUGCAACAGCCUUCUGACAUUCCUCACUAUAAAUCAAGCAAACUAGAGGAGAGGGCUGCUGAGCCUGCUGGCCACAUUGCUCCAGCUGAGGAGCAGGUUCAGAUUGACACAGAGGUGGGAUCUCCUCACGUGGGGUACCAGUACAGCCAAGGGGCUGAGGUGAUCCCGAGGAGCUUGGCUGUGUCACAGCAGGAGCAUGAAUCGCCCCGAUCUUCUAGUAAAUCCAAGUCUUCAAAAGCAGAGGAGCAGUACACCAGCAUGCCCUCCAUCCUGGGUGUCAUGGGAAGCUGGGCUGAAGAUGAGCUGCCCAGGAUGAGGUUCAAGUGCCCCUUCUGCACUCACGUGGUGAAAAGGAAAGCAGACCUGAAGCGACACCUUCGCUGUCACACAGGAGAGCGCCCUUACCCUUGUGAGGCUUGUGGGAAAAGAUUCGGCAGGCUAGAUCACCUCAGUAGCCAUUUUCGAACAAUUCACCAGGCUUGCAAGCCUAUCUGCAGGAAGUGUAAACGCCAUGUGACGGAGCUGACGGGACAAGUGGUCCAGGAGGGGACAAGGCGUUACAGACUCUGUAACGAGUGCUUGGCUGAGGCUGGCAUAGACAGUAUUCGCAUUGACUUGGAGGCUGAAGCACCCCUCGAGUUCCCACAGGAUGGGGAUAAGGAUUCCAGGUGGCACUAUGGGGAAGACAACAGAUCAGAUGUGGAGAUUGUGGAGGAUGGGUCAACCGACUUGGUCAUCCAGCAAGUGGAUGACAGUGAGGAUGAAGCAGAUGAGAAGGAAGUAAAACCAAAUAUUAGGUAGUUGCAAGAC